AUGCCAAGAAUCUCUGGCUCAGAAGAUGACUAUUGCUCCCUGGGAACUGGGAGAAAGGCCAACAGGGAUUUGGCAAUGAGAUUGAUCUUUCUAUUACAGACGAUAGUUGGGGUUCUGGGGAAUUUCUCUCUUCUUUGCCAUUAUCUCUUCCUUCACUUGAGAGAAUGCAGGGCAAUGUCCACAGAUCUGAUUCUCAAGCACCUGAUUGUGGCCAAUCUCUUAGUUAUUUUUUUCCAAAGGAAUCCCCCAAACAUGGUAGGUUUGGACGUGGAACAUUCCCUUAGCGAUUUUGAAUGCAAACUUGUUUUCUAUGUUCACAAAGUGGGCAGGAAUGUGGCCAUUGGAACCAUCUGCCUCUUGACUGUUUUCCAGGUGAUGAUGAUCAGUCCUGUGGACUCCAGGUGGGCAGGGCUUAAAGUGAAAGCUCUGAAGCACCUGGGCACCUCCAACAUCCUCUGCUGGGUCCUGAACAUGAUGCUAAAUAUUAUGGUUCUUUUCUUUAUGACCAGAAAAAGGAGCAACACAAACAUAACAAGGAAAAGAGAUUAUGGCUACUGUUAUUGCAUAAGUAGUAGCUAUAUAGUACAGUCACUGUAUGUAGCAUCAGGAUUAUCCCAUGAUGGUUUCUGUUUGGGGCUCACAAUCUGGGCCAGUGGCUCCAUGGCCUUCAUCCUGUGCAGCAGGCACAAGCAGCAGGUCCAAUACAUUCUUAGGAACAAUCUCUCCACCAGAUCCUCCCCUGAGACGAGAGCCACCCAAAGCAUCCUUGUCCUGGUGAGCACCUCUGUGUCCUUGUGGGCACUGUCAUUCUUGCACAUUUGUGUGGUAGUGUUUAACAACCCCAGCCUGUGGCUGAGGAACACUUCUACACUAAUCGUUGCAUGUUUCCCUACGGUCAGCCCCUGCAUGCUCAUGAGUUAUGACCCCAGAGUGUCUACCCUCUGCUUUCCUUAUAAAGGAACACAAAUCACUUAA